CCGGUCGUUUUUUUCACCGCUUGAACAAUUACUCUGUGCUUCUCCUCAUCUUAUUUAUUGUACAAUAUUCGUCCCGAACAUAAAUUAAUAAUAAAUAAAAGUAAAAAAAUCCGCAUUUUGCAACUAUCAUUUCUUUCUAUUAUCGAAUUACUAUUAAACAGUUAAAGAAUCGAGUGCCGAUGGUUUCGUAACAAUAAAUCAUUGUUAACAGUCGUUGUUUUUUGUCUGAAAUGUCGGAUUAUGAUUUAUAAUGCAUUAAGCUUCGUCUAUGCACCUAAACGUUUAUAUUGAGAGUUUCGACUAGAAACACAGGAAACACAUGGAGCAGAACUAUUUACGAGGUUAUGCAUAGACACAUGCGAGUGUAAAAGCAGCGAGUGAGAAGAGAAAAGUAAAGAAAAACCUAAAAAAUGAUGUCUGUAUUAAAUAUGACGAACGCUGUUCUCAGAUCCUCACUGUACUCGGUUAAUACUGUACGCAGUAUUUCUACGUGCAAUCCUCUUUAUUUCCGAGCAACAGAGAUUCUUAUGGGUGAGCCACUUAAAAAGAAGAAGAAGAUGGACCCUGCGGUCAUUCGAGCUAGGGAGGAGAGAAAGAAGAGGAAAAUGGAAAAGAGAAUUCGUUACCUGGAGAAACGUAGUCAUUAUAUGAAACCGAUUGAUGAGAUCGAUGGGUUGUUCGAUCGCUUGAAAGAUGAAACAAGGAGCAACCAUUUGACAUCAGCAUUGCCAUUCGAGGAAAUAGAAAGGAGGAGACGCUUACACCUGGAAUGGACUAGGUACAAGCAAGUCGAAUGGAUGAAAGAUAUACAAGCCAUAAAGUCUGUUAUGAUGUCGCAAGAAACGGCGCUGAGAGAAUUAAAAGCUGCCUCGAUCGAACUUUAUAAGAAAGCUGUCGAAAUCGACGAUUCAUACCUACCAUAUAAUGCAACAGGACCUGUGGAUACUCCGCCAAUAAAGGAUUACGAGAGUCCCGAUGGUGAAUACAUAGAAACUACUGUUAAAUACCCAGGGGAGAUCGAAUGAAUAUCCUUUAUUUAAUUAUGACUAGUAGGAAUUGUUGAAAGAAAUACAACAAAAAAAUCUUGAAA